AAGAAGAAGAAGAGGAACCCGACGAGCGAGAUGAUCUCGUGCUCGAAUUCUGUUCCACGACGAUGACGCAGCUCGCUUCACACCUCAGCCGUCUGAUUUGCCCCUUUGUGACUAUGCGACGGUUGCACUACUCACUCUACUCAAUCGGCCCAACGAGGCACCGUAGAUGUCUGGCUCGCCAGAAAAGGUGACGCGCCGCACGCGAUCCAGCGUCGAAUCGAUUCGCGGAGGAAGCGCACAGACGCCACGAAUCAGCGUCAGGAUGAGCAAGCAGGGCACAAGCUUCUGGGCGGACAUGUUGUUCGACUCUUUGCGCUGCGCGGUACAGGCGUGGAUCGUCAAAGGGCCCGGCUUCUUGCACGAUGCACAGCAAAUGCAGGCUCUGACCAGCAGCAGCCUCAAAAGGAGAAGGGAUGGGUGUGCUGAAGCGAUGGAUGGUUCUUUCUGCAACAUUGGACUUUAUAGCCUUCCCGCUUGUUCCUGCACACGCACCUCUUCGCUGCUUUCGUCGCGCAAGACGCUGUCCCUUUGCGCGACGGCCUUCGGCCUUUGCGAGUCGCCUUGCGUCGCGAAGUCGAGUGUCCGUGGCGGGCAAGCUGGCAGCUUGGCCGGUUCUCUCGCGCUCCGCCUCUCGCACAGGACCUUCACUGCGGGUCGACAGAGGCCACUGGUCGCUUGCAAAGCACAAACAUGCCCAGUAUCGCUCAAAAAGCCGCAUCGCCGCGAUGCAGAAGAAGUCGUUCUACUUGCAAAGGUCGCUACGAGUUUAGGGGCUCUGAUCGGCCAGCCCAAGCAACAGCAACCAAGAACGGCCAGGCACUCCAUUCACAGCAACGCGUGCGCCCGAACGGAAAGAGGAGACGCGCGCAACAGACCGACCACUCCAUGGCUUCGAGUAGGCAGUCUGAAUGGGCGAAGUGGCGAUCAACCGACUGUGCUGCUGCCAGCCUUUUGGCCGACCGUAGUCAUAACAUCGCUUCGCUUCUCGGCCAGGCAAACCCCCCAAACAUGUCGGCGCGUCAAGAUGUGCGUGUCUCGUUGCUGUUCCUGCGGCUGGCCGUGCACGGCUCUCUCCUCACCAAAACGCCAUGAUUGGUUCUUCGUGCUGUCAAGCAGGCUAGAAUUCCACGUUUUACCCUCUUUGAUGCUUUUGAAAUCAAGUUUCUCACUUGAACUCUAGACACCGACAGACUUGGUGCGUGUGGCCGUAUCCAAUUCAGAGUGAAAGAGCGGAUGACCUGCGUGUAUAAUCAAGAUCAUCUGCUCUUGCCGUCAGUCGCACCCCCACAAUUCGUGAAGCGGACACCACCUGCACAUCUUGAUGGUGUGGGCACGACACAAUUCAUACAUUGUGAUUGAGCCGGCUAGUGGUGGCGCGAGCCUUGAAAAAUGAGCCAGAAUCUGCUUCAAGCGGCGCUUCU